UUUAUUGGCACGUGCUUGCUUUCUCCGAAAUCUAUUUCCCACCCUCUUUCACUAAACGUGAUCAGUAAAACAGUAUGCUCUUUCUAGAGAAUCAAUUCCUGGGUUCUCUUGCUUCUUGGUUUUGAUUGUGUGGUACUUUUUUUUUUUUUUUCGGCUGUGCUCUUAUCCAUGAAGGAACAUCUGUUGUAAAAGUUUUUGCUUCUUCAUGAGCAAGAAGAUUAUGCGCUCUUUGUGCUCUUCUCCUACUGAGUUUCCCUUUCUUAUGUAUGGGAGAGCCGCGUCGAGUACGCUCUGAAAGUUGAAGAAGUGUGUUUGGAGUUAAUAUUUGAAGGAACUUUGUAGUUUAAGAGCUGGGUUGUGGCUAUCUUCCAUAGUUAGAGUCUAUGGUGGUCUGAAAGAUACUGGGAGAUUUUUGGCUUUCCUUCUGUAAACUGGGUGUAUUUGUGGGAGAAUCUGUGGUUUAAGAGUUGGGUUGCGGUUGAACUGCUGUAUAUCUACUUGAAGAAAAGUCACAGAGUCUAACUGCUUUUUAUCAAACAGGCAGAGAGCUCUCUGAUCAUUGUUCUGUUUUUCACUGCACGGGAUCUAAGAUAAUCCUCAUUUUAAUGGGGUCUGGUGUUGUUGAAGUAGUGGGAAAACUGCCAGAUCCUUUUUCUUAUCAGGUGCCAUUUUUAAUGUGCAGAGAACUUCUGAAAUCGGUUAAUAGAAUAUCAAAAAUAUUACCCUCAAUAGAAGCUGCUCGCCCUCAAGGCUCAUCAGGAAAAAAGGCACUAUGCUUGUUAAAUGAGGCAAUUGAGAAAGCCAAGCAAUUUCUCAAGUCCUGCAGAGAGUCUAGUAAACUUUACCUGAUAGUAACAGCAAAGGACAGAGUCUCAAGAUGUCAAAAAUUGAAGAACUUUUUGGAGCAAAGUUUAGGCGAACUUCACACUAUGGUUCAACCAGAGUUGGCUCAAGAGAUCUCUUGCAUCAUGGAUGAUCUUGGGAGUGCCACGUUUACUCUGGACUCAUCUGAAGAAGCAGCUGCUAAGGCUAUGGAAGGAUUGAUUUUCCAGAGACCUGCAUCAGGUCCAAUGGAAAAAUCUGAAGUUUGUAAAACUCUUCAAUUGGCAGCUUCAACACUUCAUGUUACAUCCCCAAAGGCUAUCUGGAUAGAGAAAGAAUCUAUCAAGAAGAAGCUUGAUGAAGUUGGUGAUAGUGAUCCAAAAAAGAAGAUUUUAAGGUAUCUUUUGGAUAUAUUGAGGAAGUAUGAAAACUCAAUCCUGCAAGAGGAAUCACAUAAUGACUCUGCUCAAAAUGAAGGAGAAAUUGCAUUUGAGAACGGCAGAAGUAGUUCUGCAUAUGGAGUCGACAUCCUAAGUAGAGCUACACCCCCCGAGGACUUUAGGUGUCCUAUAUCGUCAAGACUGAUGUAUGAUCCUGUUGUCAUAGCAUCUGGACAAACAUAUGAGAGGAUGUUCAUACGGAAGUGGUUUGAAGAGGGUAAUGAUACAUGUCCAAAGACUAAAAUGAAACUGGAUCAUCUGUCAUUGACUCCAAACACGGACAUGAAGGAUUCAAUAUCAAACUGGUGCAUGAAGUAUGGAGUCACCAUUACUGACCCAACUAUGCUCCCUGCAGAAGCCCUUCCCUCUUGGGAAACUUCUUUCACUUCCUUUACUACUUUUGGCAGUUCUAUGAAUGGUUUACCUCUUCGGACGGAUGUCAGUAAUGGGUCCCUUGGAUCUUUAGACACUAGUUACACUUCUAGUCCAUCACAGACUAAGAUAGCAGAUGGCUUAAAUUUGAUUUCUACGCAGACAAAAGAGGGCCACAAAUUGCAAUCUUAUGAAAACACACGUGAGAUGGAUUCGGAAUUUUUAUCUAAACUCGCCGAACGUCAGUGGGAAUCCCAAUGCAAAGUUGUUGAAGAUAUCAGAAAGCAUCUAAAUAACAGCGAAAAAGCUUGUCAUCAUAUGUCAGCUGCCAAUUUCGUUGAACCACUGGUAAAAUUUUUGAAGGAUGCACAUGGCCUGCGUGAUGUGAAAGCUCAAAAAGCUGGAUCUCAGUUGUUGUUGGCAUUUUUGAGCAAAAACAGAAGUGGGAUCUCGUACUUACGUGAAGAAGCAUUUAGUCUCUUGGCCACUUAUAUUGAUUCAGAAGCAGCAGAAGAAGCUCUAGACAUAGUGGAAGUGUUGUCUGGCCAUCGGUAUUGUAGAGCUAAAAUUGCAGCAUCCGGUGCUUUGACUUCCAUACUAAAGAUUCUCGACUCCAGUAACAAAAUUUUCCAGAAACGGGCCAUCAAAAUUCUGUGCAAUUUGUCCUCAACAAAUGAAGUUUGUUCCCACAUUGUAUCUUUGCAAUGCAUCCCAAAGUUGGUUCCUUUUUUAGUUGAUAGCGCCCUUGCAGGAAAUUGUGUAUAUUUAUUGAAGAAUUUAUGCUGUGUUGAAGAGGCUAGGAUUUCUGUUGCUGAAACUAAUGGAUGCAUUGCUGCUGUUGCUGAACUACUUGCAACUGGCACUCAUGUGGAUCAGGAAAAUGCAGUGGCUGUUCUCCUUUCGCUCUGCUCUCACCAUGCUCAAUAUUGUCAGCUGCUCAUGGAUGAGCGUUUCACUGCUGCUCUUGAUGAUAUAUCCGUCAAUGGUAAUGAGAAGGGCAAGGUGAGUGCUUUGGAAUUGCUACGACUCUUGAAAGAUCAUCAACAGUGCCCUUUUGAUGCCUCUAGAAGAGACCCCCCAGAUCUCUCUAAAGAAAGGAAGUCAUCAAAGGGGUCCAGAUUUUUUGGAUGGAUGUCAUCAAAACCCACCUCUGCCACAGGAAAGAAGAAAUGAAAGUUGUGUCUUCUGCCCAUUUUACCUGGUGGGUAAAUUGAGAGUAGGUUAAGACCAGUUGUUUAUGUACGCGUACGUGAAGGAAGAUCUGUCUUGAUUAGUUACAUUAGUUGAUUGCAAUGUUUGAUAAUAGUUGUUGGUUUGACUUUUUCUCCUUUGGUUUGUAAUUUGUGACAAAUUCUUAUUACUUUGCAAUCCCAAAUAUCUUGGGAUAUGAUUUAAUGGUACGUGUAUAUAACAAAUUGUGAAAAGCCUUGACAAUUCAA